AUGUAAAAUUCCUUACUUGAAUAACUCUGUUAAGAACAUUAGGAACCAAUUGUUGCUGUUGCCUUUAAUGAUUAAAAUACUAUAAGUUAAGGAUUAUGUCUUAAAUGUUGGCCAUAAAGUUACAAUAAAAAGGUGUUGUUAGUUGAAGAUGUUUUAGAUAUUACAAAAAAUAUUAAAGAAGAAUACUAAUAAUUGGAUGUUGAUACAAGAAAAAAUAUGAAAACACUCUAUUAAUUAAUGUAAGAAUUAGAAAAACUAAAAGUUUUUAUGAAAUAAUCAAUAAAUGAAUCAAUUAAAACUGUUAAUGAUUGGAUAAAGAAUAUAUCUGAACAAGAUCAAUGUGCUAGAUCUUCUAUUUAAAUUCUUAAUUUUGAUCUCAAUACAUCAUUAUAGAAUGCUUAAUAGUAAGUCUAGGAAUUAUAAAAAUAAAAAGAAAAAUGUUUAUAAUUUAUUUAACAAUAAUUAAAGAUAUUAAAAGAUAAUGAUCAUUUUAAUAAUUGUACAAAAUUGCUUGCAAUUAUUAAUGAAGAAAAAUUUGAUCCACCUUAAAAUUAAAAUGUAUUAUAAUAACUUGAUAAAUCAAUAAUUACAUAAAACAAUUUAAUUUGUUAAUAACAUGAUACUGAAAUAAUCAUGGUAGAUUUAAACUAAAAACCUAAAAUUUAAAAAAGAUUGGCAUGUGUUUAUUGUAUUUAAAAUUAUCCUACUUAAUAUACAGCUAUUAAGAUAGCAUAAAAAUUGUAUAGAAAAUAAGAAACAUAAAAAAUUUAAAAUCUUAAUAAAUAUUCUGAAUCUAUUGAUCAAAUAAAGUAAUCAUUCAAUUCUAUAAAGAUUGCUUAUAGAAAUGUAAUUAAAGAUGUUACUAGUUCUUUAUCUUAAAAUAAUAAAGAAAUUAAAUAAAAAGCUGAAACUUAUUUAAAUAAUCUUAAUAUUGAUUGGUAAGCAUUAAAGAAUGAUGAAGUCACAGAAUUAGCAGAAAAAUUAUGUUAAAAUGAAUAAGAAGAUAUAGUAAAAUCAUAGAUUUAUAUAGAUUUUAUAAAAAUCAAUUAAGAAAUUAAUAAAAAGAUUAAUGAUGCAUUUAAUAAAAUGAAAUCAACCUAACAUACAGGAAAAAAUUAAAUUAAAUAAUUGAUGAUUAUAGAUUAUUUCUCUUAAAAUGAUAUUUAAACAGAUAUAAAUUGUUAACAUAAUUCAAGGAAAGAAACUUUAAAUAAAACUCCAAAAACAUUAUAAAUAAAAGAUAAUAAUAAUAAUAAACUUAAAAAUUAAUUAGAAAUUAUACCUUUAAAUAAUGAUUAAAAAGAAGAUAGUAAAAUUAAAAGAAAAAAUAAAGAAUAAUAUUCCAAUAGAACUAAUUAGGAAAAAAUACAAAAUAAAGUUUAAAAAUAAUCUGAAAUUGAAAAAUAAUUUGAUGAAAUCUUCAAUAAUUAAUCAUAAACUAUUAUUGAAAAAAAGUUUCAAUAUAUAUUAAAUAAAAUUUCAAUAAUAUAAGAAGAACCUUGUAGAUCAUUUUCAUUUAAUUCAGAUUCUUCAUUACUUAUUGCAGCUUGUGAAAAAUCUAUUAAACUUUUUGUAUUCAAUAAAGAAUCCUUAAUAUUACAAUAGACUUUCAGUGAUCAUCCAAGUCUAAUUGUAUAUUGCACAUUUCUUAAAAAUUAAAAUAGAUUUAUAUCUGGAUGCUUAGAUGGAUCGAUGUUAAUUUGGUCAAAUUGUUAAGAAAACAAAUAAGAAUGGUAAUGUGAAUAAAGAUUGGCUGGUCAUACAGAUUAUCUAGGACAUAUUAUAUAUAGUAAAAUUGAGAAUAUGAUUAUAUCAUGUAGUAAUGAUAAAACUAUAAAAUUUUGGAAGAAAUCUUAAAUUUGGGAAUUACAUUAAACAUUAAAAGGUCAUAAUUAAUAUGUAUGUAGUAUUAGCUUAAAUGAAUCAGAAAACAAAUUGAUAUCAGGUGCUUAUGAUGAUUAAAUUUUAGUAAGUGAACCAUAAGGUAAAGAUAAACAAUGGACAAUAAUAUAAGUAAUUAAAGUAGAUUGGGGAAGAAGAUUAUGUUUUAUAACUGAUAAUUUAUUUACAUUUUAACCUUGUAAAAAAGAUGUCAUGCAUAUAUAUGAAUAAAAGGAAUCUAAAAAAGGAUUUUAUAAAUCAAAGGAAAUUGCUGUUAAAUCAUUAGGAUAAAAUUGUCUUUGGCUAUUUCCCUAAUAAUUUAGUAAAAAACAGGGAUUAUUAGUAAAUAAGAAUUGUCAUACAAUUAAUAUUAUUAGAUGGAAAGGAAAAAAUAAGUUUGUUACUGAUUAAGCUAUAAAUUUUGAUACAAAUGAAAUUUAUGGUUCAAUAACAGAUGAUGGUGAUUGGCUUAUUACAUGGGAUGAUAAAUCAAAAGAAAUCCAAAUAAGAGGUUUAAAAUGA